UGCAGUUCAGCUAAGCAGUCGGCUCGUGUAGGCCGGCCAGUUCGAGAACGAGCGCGCAGAGUGGUGUGUAGUGGAUGAUAUCGUUUUUUUGGGAUACAAGUAUUUUGUUUCGAUAGAAUGGAGAACAAAAGUUUCGACCCAGAUAACAUCCCCGCAGAUCUCGACAAGAGUUGGCACAUUCCAAGACCCACACUAGCUCGUAGCUCGAAAAGCAGCCAAGGUUCGACGUCUAGUAAUAAUAGCACACAGAGCGCCAGAUCAGGUUCACUGCUGCUCACGGCCGCCAACCUAGCCCAAAUCCACCAGCAGCAGCAGCAAGACGAUCAAAAUCGAUCCGACAUCGACGAAGCCGUCAGCACAAGAAACCAAAACAUUCGAUACUACCUCCAACAAACUGGCGGCCACGAUGACCUCAUCACGAUGCCAGAGACCGUCCCCAAGAAACCCGAUCCGGACGCCGUCUCCGUAGCGAGCAGUAUGCACUUUACCGUCGUUAACGUCAACACGAGACAGAGGCCGCCGCAGAGAAGUUUCUGCAGGAAGCAUCAGCUGACGAUCCUUGUGCUCACCAUGUCGGUCCUGUUCACCGUAGGCAUCCUGACGGCGAUAUUAUUCUUAGAAAUGAGAGCCAAGAACCAAAGGUAUUGACUGUUGUGAAUGGAAAAAAGUACAACGAAACCCACCAGGAUGGCAUUAUUUAGAGAUCCAUUGACGAAUAUGAACUGUUUACCAAUCGAGAGCAAUUUUUCAUUUCCAGAUUAGCGAAAACACUAAUUUUUCUAUUAGAAACUAGGAGAACAGUUAUGAUACUUCCAAUAUACCGAUACCAAUUUUAUUAUUUUAGGGUAGGAAAUACCACGACUUUUCUUCAAGUUACUGUAUUAUUAGAAAGUUAAACUGUUUUUGAACUGCUUGUAUGGAUCUAUUUAUUUCCUUUAGCAAAUGCAUCAAACUUGACAUGCGAUCUCUAGAAUUACCUUUUUCCUAAUUAGACAAUAUUAUUUAUAAAUUUAUUUAAUCAUAAACCUUAGUCAAUUUAAAAGAACCAUUUUACCAAUGGGACCAAAUUUGUGGUUGUAAAUAGAUGUAAGUCGGAGGUUUUACUUUUUUUGUAACUUCAAAAAGUAGUCAUUUUUCUUACAGCAUAACACUGCCAACUCAUUUAUUAAUAACUGAUGAUAUAAAGAAUUCGAUAUUUUCUACUCAAGUAUUGCUGUCGAAUCCAUACAAUGCGAUGAAAAUAGUUUGGACCGAAAUAAAUAAUCCUGGGAUGUUUCAUAUGCCAUAGUUAUGAAAAAAAAAAUGUGCCAAUGAUAAAACUGCAGUUUUGGAGUUUCAAAAUCUAGUAAAGCCUUAGAAUAUUAUAUAACAAUGUAGGUAUAUUUUUACUGUGAUAUGUCAUACAUACUGUAUAGUAAUUUAUGUUUUCUUUCGAAUUUCUUUGUCGAUAUCAAUGUUGCAGGAAGUUUUCUGUACAUUUAUGUAGAAUUAAAUUAUUACCGUACUUAA